CAGGAAGUUGUCCAGAUAUCCGCAGGGCCUGUGAAAAAGAGUUGGGCUGGGGUGGGAGUGAGAAGGUGCCGUUGACGGCACUGAUGGGAAUGAAAGACUUCGUUUAGUUUCUCUCUGUUUGAAGAGCAGCUUCACGGCAGGGCUGCGGGAUUUAUGACAGUCACGGCUGAACACAGAAGAACAGAUCAGAGGCGUUCGUUUUCCUGAAACAGUUGGACGGUUCUGCUUCUGGUCCUGCUGCUGAUCUUAGUCAGCACAGGAGGGACAAGGUCAACGGCCAGUGACCUGAAGGACGCCGAAGAUGAAGGUUCUAGGGAUGUUUCUGUUGCUGGGACUGAGCUGCACAUCUACAGCUGCAUCAGGCGAUCCGUGGGGUCUGUGUCCAGUAACCAGAAAGUGCAAAGAAAAAUUUGGAGACGGGUCAUGUGACAAAGAGUGUAUAGAGCCCGAGUGUCUCAGAGAUGGCUUUGACUGCGAGAAGGACAGAGGCCACUGCAAUCCUGACCACAUCAAGUAUUGUCGUGAUCAUUACGCCGACUCCCACUGUGGCCAGGGAUGCAACAGUGCCCCCUGUGGCUGGGAUGGCAGUGAUUGUUUCACCCAACAGAGUCCUGUGUGGGCUAAAGGUACCCUGGUUCUCCACACCAACAUCCCUUUAGAACGUGGAACCUUCUCCAACAGCUCCCUGUUAUGGGCGCUUAGUGUCAUUCUCCAAUCGCCACUCAAGCUCCGAGGCUCCGCCUACUUGGCCACCACCAGAAACCUGUAUGACUUCAACCCACAGCAGCUCAUUGACCUUCUGGCUCAGGCAAAACCCACUGAUUCGAAUGGAUCCCUCCUCUUUCUCCAAGUGGACAACAGGCCAUGCGCCCGUCUGCCAUCUACCUGUUUCCCCCACGCCAUACAGGCUGCCAGUUUCCUACGGGCCGUGUUGUUGCUGAAGCCUACAUCAUUUCCAGCCCUUCCAGAGCUGAAGUCUGUCAUCAGCAUCAGAGGUGUCCGGGAGGAAAUAGGGAACAGAGAGGAGGAAACGCUGAAACAGCCCGUGGAAGAUUCAAACCCUGUGUGGCUGUGGGCCGUGAUUGCCAUCGCAGUGGCCCUGUUGCUGCUUCUGCCCCUGCUUGUCUUCCUGGUGGUGAGGAGGGUGAGGCAGCAGCGGGUGGAGAGGGAGAGCAACGACAGAGUGAGACACCGCUCUACGGUAACCGACACUGAGAGCAAAACCAAAGGCUGGGCCCCACGCACUGCCCAGCAGGAACAACGGGUCAGAACCAGCAGGGAGAAGGAAAAGAUCAGCCUAAGGAAGAAAAAGAAAGCCAAGGAAGCAGAGAAGAAGAGGAGGAGGGAGCCGCUGGGCGAGGACGCUAUUAGGAUGAGGCCUCUGAAAAGAGACCAGGACAUAGGAAGCGACACAGACUUCACACAAAGUUCAAUGGAAGACAUCAACGCUAGAUGUUCCAGACGUCAAGAGGACACCUCCAUCUGUGACCACAGGACACCAGAGCAGAAACACUACAGACCUGGACCCUCGCAGUCCCACAGAGCCAUUCAGGCUCCACCUAGAGGAUGGGAUAGAAAUGCCAUGCCUCCUCCUCUGCUCAGCCCUCCUCAACAGGUCAGUGUGUUAUAUCACUCAGCCGAAUGGUGUGGUCCAGACGGUUCUGUGGUUCUGAUCCGAGCUGUCCGUAGUGGACUGGACCGAGUGGUUCUGGAGCUGCUGAGAGCAGGAGUUCCAGUCAACAACACGGAUCACACUGGGAGAUCAGCCCUGCACUGGGCAUGCUCUGUAAACCACCUCUCCCUUACGAGGACCCUUAUACGCUACGGGGCUGCUGUGGACCUCCAAGACAACAAGGGUGAGACGCAGCUCUUCCUCUCUGCUCUCCACGGCUGUUACGACACAGCCAGACUCCUCCUUCUUCAUGGUGCCAACCUGGACCUCCACGACCGAAGAGGCCGACGGCCAAUUGAUGUAGCCAGGGAGGGGAUGCGUCACCAAGUUCUGGAGCUCCUGCUGGCUCACCAAAUUCAGAGAGGGCCUGUCACCGAAGACUCACCCAACGACAUUAUGUGGGACGAGAGGACUAUGAUGUACUCUCCGUGGGUGGCAUCACCGGGUCUGCCUGGUAGAAGUGCCUCAUUCUCUGGGGUGCUAGGACAUCGAGAUAUGACGCCUCCUCCACCUCCUCCAAAUGACUGGUUGAUGAACAGAGUGCAGUACCCCUCCCCUCAGAACUGGCGACCACAGCUCAACCAAUCAGCAACAGCACUGGUCCCUCCCAGAGUCAUGGGUCGCUCACCUCGGCCGAUCAGCACGCUACAAGAGGUGACCUCAGAAGAUGAGGAUCGGGACAGGCAUCAGGACAACCCCAGGGCUGCAACACCUCACUUCCUGUCCCCGCAACCUGCCCCUCGUCAGCGUUCCUUCUCCUGCACCCAGCAUGCAUUCCAGCGUCGCUCCAGUGCCAUACAGCCAGAUCCCAAUUACAUCAUAGUGUCUGACAGAGCAGCCAGUGAGACCAUAGAGAGAGUUAUUGUUUCUCCUCCCACCGAACUAGUCGUCCAAUCAGAUCAGCCACCGGUAAUAAAUGGAGAAAAUCCCAGCAGAGCAGAACAGGCAGCAGUAAGUUCAACAAACACAGAGCAAAAGUCUAGGAGUGAGAGGUCAAACAACAGCAACGGCACCACACAAACAGCUUUGUAGAAAUAAAACAUCAUUUUCAGCCCUUUAUCAGUUGCUAGGAGUCAAAUAUUAAAAAGAAUCCAAGAUGUUUUUUUCCUCUCAAUUCUUAAUUGUUAUUGUCCUAUAUUGCAACCAGUGAAAUCACCCCCUGGUGGCCAGCUGCUACUGUACAGCCCCUGACCUCCUUCAUCUCUACUGUUGGCUUCAUCCUUUUUUGCAUAUAUAUUUUGAUCAUAAAAUAUUAACUAAACUAUUAUGGGGGCAGAAUUUUAAAAUGUAAUAUAAAUCACAUCUGCUUACAAGAAGACAUAAAUGUUUAUGACCUAAAAUGUAUAUUAACUUAUAGUAAAUUUGACUUGUUUUCUUGUUUACCAACAUAUUACCUUUAAACUUUUGGUAUAGUUUCUGUUAUCUCACGACUAUUUGUAGCUAAAUGUAAGAUAUGCAUUGUUUCUUGAUCAGCUUUGACUUAAGCUAUUUUGUUUGCAAUUUUUGCCAGAUGUUGCAACACGUAUUUUUGAUAACUAUUAGCUUUUAUUAAGGCUGCCUUUAUCGAAAGCUCUUCUAUUUUUAUCUCUGUGUAGGUGAUUUUGUACCUUUAAGUUAUUGUUUACUUGUUAUCAUUAUAAUAUUUAUUGGCCUAUGAAGUGGGAAAUUGCGUCAUUUUAGCCAUUUAGCCAUCCAAAAAAAACUUUACAUGUGGACUUGGCCUGUACACAGUCAUUCCAAAAAAUAAAGAAAACUUCUACCCAGUUUCAUGCAUGGAGAGCUUGAAAUAAUAUCACCCAGCAACGUGUCCGUCUGUCUGGUAUCACCUGGUAGCUUUGUUUGUUUUCUUGCUUUACGUUUUAAUUCAUUUUUAUUUCUACGUGGCAACAUUCGCAGAUGUUACGGCUGAGAUAAACAGCCUGUCAGUUUACAUGAUCUUUGUCCGUCGUCAUUUUGUCAUUGAUCCACAGUAUGAUGUCUUACUACACUGUCUACUUACUGGUUGCACUCGGGUUAGUGCAGAAACGUCAAGUCGUAUGGUUUUGUCUGUAUAUUUUGAAGAAAAAUGUCAAAAUUUUGUUGAUGUAUACAAUUAAAUGAUUUUUGAUAAAAUUAGGAUGACGUUUCUUUUAGUUGCAUUUGUGACUUGGGUACAAGUGUGUGUCCUGAUCAUGUCCUCAGUUCGGUGUUCAUAUUGUUUUGUAUAUGGUCGAUGGUUAACGUGAAUAAAAGCUUUGAACAAGA